CAUCCAAUCCCCGUGGACAGGACCGCGGCUCUGACUCAGUUCCUUUCCCCGCUCUUGAGCGCCCGGCGAUGCGGUGCUGAGCAGGCGUGAGCAUCGUGAAGGACACACGGACGGACGCAUUUGCCCGCUACGGAAGGAAAUCAAGGAAGUUCUUCUAAUGUUCCAUCAGCUGAGCUCCUCGCUUUAACCCCACCAGGUGGUUCUCGCUUCAACAUCAUGCUGCACCUCACCCUGUUCCUCCCUCUCCUGUUCCUCUCACUCUCCCCUGCAGGUGCUUCAUUUAAUGGAGCGAUACCGGACUUUGGAGAUGAAUCCACAGGUUACGGGCCAGUGUUUGAGGAGCAGCCAGUGGAUUCCAUCUACCCUGAGGAGUCCCCCGAGGCCAAAAUCACUCUAAACUGCCGGGCUCGAGCCAGUCCACCUGCUGUAUACAAGUGGAAGAUGAACAACAUGAAAAUUAAUUUCAGUGAAGAGGGCAGCCACUACAGUUUAGCAGGCGGCAACUUGGUCAUCAGCAACCCCAUUAAAAGCAAACAUGAAGGGAAUUAUUCCUGUAUGGCUUCCAAUAAGUACGGCACAGUCAUCAGCCGAGUGGGCUCGGUCCAGUUUGGAUACCUCGAUCUUUUCUCAUCAGAGGAGAGAGAGACUGUGAAAGUCAAAGAGGGACAGGGGGCAGUGCUGCUCUGCGCUCCCCCACCACGUCGUCCAGCCGAGCUGUCAUUCCGAUGGAUCCUCAAUGAAUUCCCCACCUUCAUCCCUCUGGACAAAAGGCGUUUUGUCUCCCAGUCCAAUGGUAACCUUUAUAUCUCCAAGGUGGACUCCACAGACGCCGGCAACUACUCCUGCAUUGCGUCCAGCCCGUCCAUUUCCAAGAGCGUUUUCUCCAAUUAUAUCCCCCUUGUGCCUCAGGCUGAACGUCCCAUCAGAAAAUACCCUGCUGACCUCAAUGUCAAGUUUUCUGACACCACUGCUCUGGUGGGGCAGAAUAUCACCUUGGAAUGCUUCGCUUUGGGGAACCCUGUCCCUGAGAUCCACUGGAGGAAGAUAGAUGGACCAAUGCCACACUAUCACGAGGUGCGGGCGGGAGGUGCUCAGCUGCACCUGUACAAUGUGCAAUUUGAAGAUGCCGGCACCUAUCAGUGUGAAGCAGUAAACUCAAGAGGAAAGGACUACAAUGCUGCACGUGUGUUUGUAGAAGCUUUUCCUGAGUGGCUAGAGCACAUCAGCAGUACAGAGCAAGAUCUCAGCAGCAAGUACACUAUGUCCUGCAUAGCCAGUGGCAAACCUAAACCACGCAUCCACUGGCUAAAGAAUGGAGAACCGCUUGACAGAAAAGAGAUGACAUUCAGCAGCUUGAGGUUUGAUGAUUCAGGGAUGUAUCAGUGCAUAGCAGAGAAUCGCCAUGGAGCCAUCUAUGCCAGUGCAGAACUGCGUGUGUUUGCCUGUGCUCCCACAUUUGAACACAACCCUGUGAAGAGAACCCUGGCAGCUAGAAACGGCCGGGUGGUGAUCGAAUGUCGACCCAAAGCAGCCCCAAAGCCGACCUUCUCCUGGAGCAAAGACACCGAGCUGCUCUCAAACUCUACCAGGGUUUUCAUCUGGGAGGAUGGGAGCCUGGAGAUCCUGAACGUGACGCAAGCAGAUGAAGGCAGGUAUACCUGCUUCGCCGAGAAUGACCGGGGAAAGGCCAACAGCACGGGCUCUCUCGUGGUUACAGACUCCACAAAGAUCACCUUGCCACCAUCCAAUGCUGAUGUUAAUGUGGGUGAGAACGCCUGGAUGCAGUGUGCUGCAUCACAUGACCCCUCUUUGGACAUCACCUUCAUUUGGUCCCUCGAAGGCCGGAUCAUUGACCUACACAAGAACAGCCGACAUUAUGAACGCACCCCGAAUGGGAGCUCAAAUGGUGAGCUGCUGAUUAAAAAUGCCCAGUUGGAGCAUGCUGGACGCUACACCUGCACCGCACAGACCCCCGUUGACAACAUUACCGCCUCUGCCGACCUGGUUGUCAGGGGUCCCCCCGGUGCCCCGGCUGGGGUGAGAGUGGUAAACAAAACUGACAAGAGUGUAACGUUGCAGUGGAGCCGAGGAACAGACAACCACAGCCCUAUCUCCAAAUAUAUUAUCCAGUACAGGGACUCCUUAUCAAAUGCUGCCUGGAAGAAUGCCACUACAUCUCCUGCAGAUGUAGAGGGAAAUUCAGAGCUAGCCACGGUGGUGGAUUUAUUCCCCUGGACAGAAUAUGAGUUCAGGGUGAUUGCCACCAACUUUCUGGGGACAGGAAGGCCAAGUAUCCCAUCACCUGAAGCCAAAACCCUGGAAGCAAUUCCUGUGGUGGCGCCCUCGGACGUAGGUGGGGGUGGAGGGACUAGCAGAGAGCUGACCAUCACAUGGACGCCUGUACAGCCAAAAUACUACUAUGGUCCCGAUUUUGGCUACAUCGUGGCUUUCAAACCUAAACACGAGAACCAGUGGAGAAGGGUGAUAGUAGCUGACCCGCAGGCCAACCGCUAUGUCCACAGAGACUCCUCCAUCUAUCCUGCGACAGAGUUUGAAGUCAAAGUCAAAGCGUUCAAUAGUGAAGGAGAGGGACCCUACAGCCUAAGAGCCAUCAUUUAUUCUGGACAGGAUGCUCCAUCUGAAGCCCCUACAGGUGUAGAGUGCAAAGUUCUCUCUGCCACAGAAGCCACCGUGUGGUGGCUGCCCCUCUUACACAGCAAUGUAGAUGGCUACCAGGUUAAGUACUGGAGGAAUCAUGAAGAUAGUGAGGGUACGGCUCAGAGGGUGGUGGUUCCUGGUAGGGAGAACCACACCAGACUGGAGGGUAUGCAGCCUAACACCCAUUACCUUGUUGAGAUUCGGGGCUACAGCUCUGGAGGAUAUGGACCGCCCAGCGAGCGCCUCGAGUUCUACACCAAGAAACCCCCUCCAAGUCAGCCCCCCAGAAUCAUAGGUAAAAGGUUAAAGGGCCAGUCAGUAAACAUUGCCUGGGAACAUGUUGAACCUCUGGCUGACGAGGCAGCAAUAAAUAGUUACAAAGUGCUGUACAGGCAGCAAGGCCACUCCACUGGAACUCUGUACACAACAACUAAGCAGAACAUAGACCUUCCCCUGCCUGCAGAUGGGAACUAUGUGGUGGAGGUCCGGGCACACACAGACGGAGGAGACGGGGCUGUGGUCAAAGUCGACAUCACAGCUGGGGGUGGGGUGGCUGCCCAGUCUCUCAGUGUACUCUCCCUGCUCCUGGUGGUUGUCCUCUGCCUGAACCUCUGAAUGUAGCGUCAUCUUUGUCUUCACUUCCUGUGAAGAAGACUCUUUAUGGUUGACCCGUGUAAGGACUCUGGGACUGUCCACAAUCUUUUGGUUCCACCCCGUAACCUGGGACGUCGUAUUCCAACUCUUCCCCUCUGGAAUAUAUUUGUGGAAAAAGACAGAAAUGGAAAAAAAAAUUGGAAAUGGACAAAGACAUCCCUUAUUUAUCCACAAAAAGCCUCUUUGGAGGAGUGUCAAAGGAGUUCUGUCAACUUUUUAAAUAUGCCUUAUAUAAAUGAUUGCACUUAUCAUUCACAGUAACGGAUCAUGACUCAAAGUGUGAACGUUAAGCUUCUCACAGGUUGGCUGUUUCUAGGGUUUUUAAAAUGUAGGCUUCAUUUGAUCUGUGACAUUUAGAAAAAUCUGUCCUGCAGUGCAUUCCAUAUGAUGAACAAGUAGCUGUGAAGGAUAAGUGUACCAGUUUAUAAAAAUGUCUUUGUCUUUCUUUACUUGCAGUUCAGUGGUAUUUCUAUUGUUUUCUUUUCUAAAUGAAAUGAAGCACAUCCUCUGUUACAGAGAUACAGUCAAAGCAAAUCUCACAUAAUAAUUGAUUUCAUAACAAGCAUUAUAGAGAAAAGAGCAAUUUAUGUCAUGCUGAAAUGAUAUAUCCAAUAACUGAUAUUGUUUUGCCAUCUAAUAUACUGUGGAUGUUAUGAAGAAAAAUAGAUUGGUUCGACCUGCAGUCUGUGCUUAUUUCCAAAUCAUAACAUUAGCUCUAUUGAUAGAGUACCACUGUAAAAUUGUGUGCACGCUGACGACGUUACAAAAUCAGGUUGGUUGAAAUGGUUAAAAAAUGUUUGGGCACACGGAUCCAUGUUGGCAAAGCUGAAUGUAAAAGCGAACCAUGGGAACACAAAAUAAACAUAUCAAACAUGCAGGUACAAAUACAAAACUGCAGCAAACAUGUAACAGUAGUUAUUUUGAUUGUUUGCCACCUGUGGUUAUACUUGUACAUCUGUGUAGUGAUCGAGGCUUUGCCACAAUAUCUGGGUCAGUGUUUGAAACCCAUGCUGAAAACUGCUCCAUGUUACCGAGCUAAAACUAAAUUAAGAGUGCUUUUGUUUUGACUGUAUCAUUAGGACCUCUGUGGUACCAGCUGGUGCUUUGUGAAGAAUGUUGGCGUUUUUAUUUAGUGUAAACAUUUCGAUUUCGUCUCUCUCGUUUAUGGCUUUGUGUGAGAGUCACUAUUAACAGUUACAGUGAACGGUAGCGACGCUCAUGCCCUCCAAUAAUUGUGCAAUGUCUGAUUCAUCUGUGGCUAUUUUAUAUUUUCUAAUAAGACAACUUGCCUAGCUCCUACAACAGUGAUUUACUAUAUUUCAUUUUUCAUUAUCAUGUAUUAACAUAAGAUAAGCAAAGCCAUCCAUGUCCUCGGCAAGAGCCCAUCCAAAGCUCAUGAUAUUGUUUCCAUUACGUUAUUUUUGUCUUUUUUAUUAACAUGUAAUCAGAGAUAUAUGAACAUUAUCAACUGUUGUCAUCUUUGUUUAUGAUUAUUAUAUUUGUAUGUCUUGGCCCACCUCUGGUUGGACAGUUCAAAGGUUUAUUUCCCUCAACAACAAAUGCUGCGUUUUGAAUUCCUCUGAUUCACUUCUUGAGUGACUGAUGCUGGCCAUGCUUCCACAUUGUGACUAUUAUCAACAUCCACCACAAAGUGCUUUUGCCAGUUUUCCUUCAUGCGACAGAUCAUAAAAAGAGUUGCCAAAUGCAUGAACGCCUUGAACUUUGACAUUUUGGCUGAAGCAGUGGCUCUACAUUCUAACAUGCAUGAUAUUGGAGACAACGUGAACAUUACUUUGCAACAAAUCAACGUCAUAGAGACUUCUCAACCUCUGUGCUUCAUAUGAAUUACAUUCCAUUACUGAGUGACAUCCCUUUACAUCAGAAACAGUAUAGAUCUAAGCCUAAUAUGUGCAUUAGCUGUUAAGCUUCAUUAAGCCAGUCAUUUCAUAUGAAGUCUUGGGGAGAGACUUUAGAGAGAAAAUCUUACGCUGACUAAAGGAAUCUCACUCAUUAAAGUUCAGAAAUGGUCCUGCAGUCUCGUACACACAAUGGUUGGGAUUUGAUGGCAUCACUGGUGGCUGUGGCAGCGUGUUUGGCUGUUUGCUGACGUUCAGUGCUUCGCUGGACACAAACGGCACAUUGUGAGGGCUGAAACUGGAACCUCUCAUUGGCUGGACAAAGAACAA